UGGAGUUAAUGCCAGGAAUGACAUGGGAGUGACGAGUUUCGUUCCCGGCACGUCCCGCGCUUUCCCGCUCACACACCACUAUCAGCUACACCACACACCACACAGCACACACCACCAACACCAUCAACACCACCAUCAACACCACCACCAACACCACCACCAACACCACCAUCAACAACACCACCACCACCAUCAACACCACCACACAGUUACACACCAACACCACCCACGCGCCUGAGUUGAAGUUUCAGGGCUUGCCACCCCACCCAGGCCGGACCGUUUAGACCAUAGCGGCCCGGCUCGGAGACCAGAAAGAGCCAGCUUCCAAAUCGGAUACCAAAGAUGCCUAUGCUUCGUGAAGACGAUACGCCUCGGACGGAGUCGAGGGAUGCCGACUCGCCAUAUCCCGAUUCCGCUCCCAUCGCAAUCCGCAACCCUACAGGCGAUGCAAAGGCGCGAUGGCUCUCCCGCCGCCUUUCCGAGGAGAGCAUCCAGACCGAAUUAUGUGAAGGACCGAUCCCAGACAUCCCCCCCAGGCCAGCCACGCCUCCCGGGGCUGUCUCCCAAGCGGUCUCCGACAGAGCUGAACUCAUCGAGAGGUUGAAGCGCGGCGAGAGCCCGACCUGGAUUCCCAACCGCCAUCUGGAAUCUCUGCUCCGCCAGGACGAGCAGUCUUCCCCCCCAAGGACACCUCAGGCGGCUGGCGCACCAGCCUCGCCAAGCUUGCUUCCUGCACCUACCAUCACCCCCGAGAGGCACGAUGCCACCACCCGGGACCAGCAGCGUGCCGGCUCGCCCGCGCACGAAGGGACGACCAUCGAGCGCCCUAGGUCCGCCCUCCACAGUGGCAACUUCACCCCAGUGGAACCGUCUCCGGCCACGGGCGACCCCGAGAGUGCUUUCUCUCGCGGCAGCGAAAGCCGCUCCCUCUCGGCCCAUGCCGCAUGGAUGGCCACGUCACCCCCGAGGGACCACACGCCCUUUUACUUUGCCCACGGCCCGCCAAGCUACAGGCGGGAGGCCUUCGCGUCCGGUCCCUCCUCGUUGAGCUCCUCGCUCUCCUCAAGCUUUGCCUAUCAACCGCCGACAAGCCCGCUGGUUCAGUCAGAGAGCAACGAGGAUCUCGACCUGACCUUGCCUCUCGACAGCUUCAAGAUCGAUGCAAACAGCCCGCGCAACUCUCGCCGUCACACCCUCAACCUUGGCGCUUCUCCCUUCGGCGACCCUGCCAUCCACAGGCAGGCCCCCCUCCGUCGCGAGAGCACCCAACCGUACCAGGCACACCAGCCCCGGCGAUCCCUCCACUUGAGCCCCAGCAUCUCGAUUGCCGGCCUACCAACCCCGCAGACGCCCGCAUACUUCAGAUCCCGGCGGCCGUCGCUCGGCUCGGAAGCCUCGCCCUUACACCACGCAUCCAUGGUGGGCUCCUACGAGGAGAGCAUCCUGAGAGGCCGCAUGUCCACCACGCCUUCCAAGCCUCUGGAAUUCACGGCGCAGAUAGGGGUCCUGGGCCUCGGGAAAUGCAAACCGAGCCUGCGCUGCCCGGCUCAUGUCUCGCUACCUUUCUCCGCCGUCUUCUACAAUUAUCCCAGCACCCCCUCCGGCGGCAACAAGCCGGAGGACGGGCCGAGUCCCUACGUCGGACAGAUUGACCUCGAGAAUGGAUUGUCCAACCCGGAGGAGGAGCAGCGGGCAAAGAGGAAGAUGCAGUCCCGAUAUCAGGAUCCAAAAGGCGCCGCGGAAGAACCACCCUUGUCCCGCGAUGGUUCCGCCGAGCUCUCGGAAGGUGAGGGGGCCUUGCGGGCUGCGAGAAGUAAGCGACCCUCCCGGACACCCAGGGCGCCCCCGGGGGGUAGCUAUCGCAUCCCCGAGAAGGGACAGCUCCAGAUCAUCAUCAAGAACCAAAACGAGACGGCUGUCAAGCUGUUCCUAGUACCGUACGAUUUAGCAGGCAUGGAGCCCGGCACCAAGACCUUCAUCCGUCAACGCAGUUACUCUGUCGGGCCCAUCCUCGAAGGAGAGGGGCCCAAAGACGGCCCGGAUCUGGGACCUGAACGGCCCAUCCUGCGCUACCUCAUUCACCUGCACAUCUGCUGUCCUUCCAAGGGCCGCUUCUAUCUCUACAAGUCUAUACGCGUCGUCUUUGCCAACCGCGUCCCCGACGGCAAAGAGAAACUACGUAACGAGGUGACCUAUCCGGAUCCCCGGUUUACUCCGUACAAGCCAAUCCGCGUCAUGCACCCCCCCGUCGGCACCGGCCAUGCUACCGGCGGACCUCCUCUCGGCGGCAUCUCCCCUGGUGCAGCGGCCCUCGCCGCAGAGCGAGCCUUUCGCAGACGCAGCGCCGGGUUCUCACCAGGGCAGGGGCACCACCAUCCUCUUCCCCAAAACCAGUACCCGCAACACCACUCCGGGCACCACUUCUCGUACGCCUCGUUCAAGGACCCCGCCGCCUUCGUUACACCAGCACAUCAAGCCCUCGGCGCAUCCGCUUGGAAAGCGCAACAGGCCCUGCCGCCCGAGCAAGGCCUCAUGGCGGCAGCAACGGCAACGACGACAACCUUGGCCGCCACCACGCCCAUUGCGAGAGCGCCGACAAUACCAGGCCAGGAAAUGGUUGAUCCUUUCACUGACAACACCAACACCAACACCAACACCAACACCAUUGCCGCAACCGGCUCUUAUAUCCCAGGAGAAACCCGCGAGGAACCACGCGGAGCCGGCUCAGCGGACGACAACGCCAACGCCAACGCCAACGCCAACGCUACACAGAGCGUCGCCUUAAUCACAACUACUCCACCACCUCCACCACCACCACCACCAGCAGCAGCAGCAGCACCCACAGAGGGCCUUCUAUCCAGACGGCUCCGUUCACUGGGCGUACACCACCAGCAAUUACGGCAGCGGGCUGGGCAAGAAAAGGAGCAGGAGCAAGAGCACCCGCUCCACCAAUCCCAGCCUCAGUCUCGCACUUGACCUCUCUGAUAUGCUGCAAAUCUUGUACUCAACAUCUGGAAGAUUCAGGUUUGGGAUUAUUGUGGGUGGUUGCUUGCAUACAUGUUGUAGCGUAGUAUUCCGAUUGAUCGUCUUUUGUUUCA